AUGAACAACUUUGGUAUUCAUAAGAAGACGAAAAUAAAGAAGAAGAAGAUGCUAGUAAGUUAUCAAAAGAAGAUGCUACAAAAAGAAUCAACUCCAGUUUCAAUGAACCAGUUACAAACAAAAUUGAUCGACCUAUUCGAUAGCAACCUAAAAACUCUAGACCUCACCUUUUUUAUCAGGAUAUCCGCUGGAGAUGUUGAGUUUUUCAAGCAUAGGUAUGGCUACACUCUGAUCAAGUGUCAAUUAACACUUAUUGAACUUUUUUCUAUACAUGAUAAACUUGAAGGUUUAGAUGAAGUGUUUGAAGUUUAUGGAAUUCAAUGUCAUGUUAUGGAUGGAAUGACCUGUGAUGAAAUCAUGGAAUUGGAUUAUAGGCUUAAUGGACCCAUGAAAUAG